AUGGAUCAGACAACAGAAAAAUAAAGCUGACACAAACCUAACAUAUGCAUCACUUCUGGAACUCUGCUGGUCAGGUCAGAGGAAGUUAUAAACCACAGGAAGGGCUGAUAAUGUUUAAAUGAAGAACAGUAACUACAUCAUGAAGAGAAAGACUGACAGAGACUGAAAAUGUCUAAUAAGUGUCACAUAUGUCUGCUGGUGCUGACAAUUCUCUGCUCACUUCUCAUAGGUAUCAGUGGAGUGAAAGACACUCAUGUGUUCUGCAGUUCUGGUGAAAAUGUCAUUCUGCCCUGUAAUAAUGCCCGUUCUGACUGCAACACAACUACAUGGAACUAUAAUAGAAAUAGAAAUUCAGAGACAUUUGAACUGUUUGCUUAUGGGAUGAAGAAGAAUAACACAGAGAGACAUGAGAGACUGAGUCUGGGGUCUGACUGCUCUCUGAACAUCUAUAAAGCCUCAAAAGAAGAUUAUGGAUCUUACACCUGUCAGCAAUAUGUGAAUGGACAUCAACAAGGAAAUGAUGCACGUGUUUAUCUGCAUGUUCUUCACGUUUCUGUUUCAGUCUCUCCAUCAUCCACACAGACUGAGAUAAGACCAGGCCGCUCUGUGACUCUCUCCUGUCAGUUGAUUUUAUAUGAUGGAGUUUUGUGUGAUACUUUGGUCAGUUUUGAGAGAAUUCAGCUGUUGUGGGUGAAUCAGACUGGUGUUGAUCUGCAGAAAGACUCCAGAUAUCAGAUAUCAUCAGGACACUGUAUCAGCACUCUGACUACAACACUCCUGAAUGAAGACAACAACAGAGAGUGGAGAUGUCAAGUUAAUAACGGAACUAAAGUGGAGACCUCAGUUAGCUAUUCUGUCAAGUAUUUGGCUCCAACUGAUACAACAUCUGUGAGUUCAGUCACCACCCCAAACACUCCAACUGAUGCAACAUCUGUGAGUUCAGUCACCACCUCAAACACUCCAACUGAUACAACACAUGUGAGUUCAGUCACCACCCCAAACAUUGCAACUUCUACAACUAUAUAUAACAAACUAUCUUCAGUCUCCACCCCAGUCUCUGAAAGGACCUCAACUUCCAAAGCACCAGUAUCUCCAUCACAACAAGUGAUUGUGAUUGUUGUUGUGAUUGCUGCAUUAGCUGUUCUCCUUCCUGCUGUUCUUCUAUGUGUGAUCCUGAAAAAGAGAGCUGGUAAUAGAAGAGAGGUUCACUCCAAUUCUUCCCCAGGUGCAAAUGAGCAGACAGAUGAUGUGACUUAUUCACAGGUUACAGUUUCUGGAAAAAAGCAGGGGUCAAAGAACAAUGUUCAUUCUGAUGAUAAAGUGACUUACGCUUCCAUCAGAGGAGCAACAGCUGGACCCCACGGAGGACUGCAGUGAACUUUAUACCACACUGAACAAGAUUGUUUGCAAAUAAAUCAAACAAACAAACAGUUAGUAAUUACACAAAGCAACACCGCAUGACCCUAAAAUAUAAAAUAUAUAAAAUUUCCUUGUAAAACUUAUUCCAAACAGUUUAAUUCAAUGUCAUUAUAAAUAUUGUAUUUCAAAUGUUUAUCUGGCAUUUUGUUUGAUGCCUGGGGAGUUUCGGCAUGUUUGUUUCGAGGUGUUUGUCUUUUUGUAAAUAAUGUUAUGCUGAGUUUAUUAUUUAGAAUGAAUAUCAAAUUAGCAUUUUUUCCACAGAUUGUUUUUAAAAUACAGAUGUCUAGAACAAAUAUUUAGAAUGAUAAUGAUUAUAAUGAUUUACAGACAUUAACAGAAAAUUUUAUGGAUAAGAAUUCGGUAACACUUCAUAAAAAUGGUCUGUCUUUAAUAUGUAAUUAUGCAGGAAUUAAUGCAGGACAAAUAAGUAGUACAACAUUAACACUUUAGUUACUACUAUUAACUAAUAGGAAACAUGAUUAACUAAUCAGUAAAUAAUAGUGAACUGAUGACUGAGGUAGUUCACUGUUAGAUAAUCAAAAAUUACUGAAUUUGAUUUGCCUCAUUGAGAACUAUUAACUAAUUAUGGCUUAUUAAAAAUAACUACUAAUUAAUUACUAAUCAAAACAUUAACAUGUGUCUAAAAUUUGAAUGAUUAUGUUUUUAUUGUGAACAAAAUCAUGAAAUGUGCCUUCAGAGAAACAUGCGUCUCACAUGCGUUCUUUGUGGAAAUUAAUUAUUGAACGUAAUAACUCUCUAAAUCAAGACUACAGUGUCUGGUAGAGUAUCAUAGUCAGCUUACCUUACAGAAAUAUAUGGAUGUAUGUGCCCAACCUGUGUAUUCCUUGG